AUAAUUACAACAGAAAAGAUAAUUUACGUGUCAUUUUAUUACUUGUAAUGCCCACUCUCAUCUCACCAUGUCGUUUCAGUCUCAGCUUUACUCAUUUCAGGCCAUACGGAUAUAAAACUAGGGUUAGCGAUCUAACCUCUCUUUUGCAGCCUCGGACGACUCGGCUCGGCACCAACUCGAUGAGUCAGUCGAGCUCCGAGUCCGACGCAGCUAAUUCGAAGAAUGGUGAGGCUAGAGGAGAGAUUCAGCCUGAGGAUGUAUUGGUGCAGUAUGUGGUGUUGAGGAGAGACCUAAUAGACACGUGGCCAAUGGGGAGCGUGGUGACACAAGGAUGCCAUGCCUCUGUUUCUGCAAUCUGGGAGAACAAGGAUGAUCCUCACACUCUCCAGUAUUGUAGCCCUGAAAACAUCGAUUUUAUGCACAAGGUUACUCUUGAAGUGAAAGGAGAGGCCCAGAUGUUGAACUUGUCAGAGAAGCUAACAGCCGCUGGCAUUGUUCAUAAGCUGUGGAUUGAACAACCUGAAAACAUUCCGACCUGUCUUGCAACCAGGCCUUAUCCUAAAUCUGCUCUGACUUUGUUUUUCAAGAAGUUGAAACUUUGCAAGUGAUGCGUUUGCACAUUUUAGUUGAUUUCCUGAGAUCUUGCUGUUCGUGAAUUACUAGAAACUUAAGAUUGGUUCAGCAGCUCGAAUUUUAUAGCUAAUGAAUUUCGCGCAAUUGUCAUUGCAAACUUUUAAUUCAAAUUUUGAUUACACGAAUUUUUUUA